AUGUCAUCAUCAUCUUCUUCCAAUCCCAUCGUCCUCUCCCCAUAUACUCCAUCCGAACUCCUCCAAUACAUCGUCACUCACCACAGAUACCCAACCACGAUCCUCAUCGGCUGGCCCAAGCACACAUUCAUCGAAGCUCUCACCGAGGACGUCAGCCUGCAGCUCUAUCUCCAAGCGCAAGCAGCAGCAGAUAGUAACGAAAAUACUACUAAAAAAAUAGAAGAAGACUAUUCAUCGACCAAACCACCUCAAAUCCACCCUCUACAGCGCAAAACCCUCCUCCAAACCGCCGUCUCACGCCACAUCCGCCUCUUAUUCGUCCCCAGCAGCACUCAUCUCCGUGCAUUCCUCGGUACUUUUUCCGCCUCAGAUUCCAAGAUUCCACCUCCACCACCAUCAUCAUCAUCGCCAAACAAGAAUGAUUCUGGCCCGCCAAUGCUCAUUGUCUACGGCCUCUUGGAAAUCCACCGCGACAGCGUCGAGUGGUCGGCUCAAGGCAUCGGCACCACGGCAACCUACCUUAUUGAGGCUGCUGCGAGAAACUCCUUCAGAGCAGCCGUGGUAGAACCAAGAGGGGCAAUGGGAUUUGAAGCUCUGAACGAAUUUCUAGAGGAAAAGUUGCCCGUUUUAAGCGGCACUGCUAUGAAGAGUGAUGAACCGUGGAGUGGACGCACAGUUGCUGUGAGAAGAGUGCUCGCUCGAUGGUUUGAGUUUGAGCGGCAGGACAAGGGAUGA